CACUAAUCAAAACCUCAAAUUAAAUAUUUAACAAACCCUAUCAAGAAGCUUCAGAUAAAUCAUUACCCCACCUUCGGAUGAUCCGUCUGGACCGGCCAUGUAAAAAAGAAAAGAACUCUACGUUGAUUUGGAUCGUCAUCCUCCGGCACGUGUCACCGACGUCGACUUAAAAAACAGAAGAAAUACAUGAACACGUGGCUUGUGUCUGGGGCAAAGAACAAAGCCAUCGUGUCAUUUGAGGGAAAUGGCAGAGCCCAAGGCGGUCCAGCCACACACACACGCACCUGACCAACCUGAUGAGACCACACUGUGCUUCAGCCUCUAGAUUGCGACUGGGCGGUGCUAAAUCCACAUCGACACGUCCAAGGCAGAAUCCGAUACUUGCUCUUCUCCUGCCACGUGUCCUCUCCAUCUUAUCAUAUAUACAUGCCCACAACCACCUUCCAAAAUCACAUCAACUGUCUUCAUUUUCCCCAGCUCUGAACAGUGAAACCCGAUUCUCACUGGCUCAGUUUUCUGCAACCAAUCCCUCUUAGUUUGUGCUUUCAAUUUAAUUUCUUGGGGCCUUUUUGUCCUUUUGGAACCCACAAAGACAGCGAAACAGAACAAUGGGAAAAGGCUGGACCAUGCUCACCCAACUUCAUUCACUGGCUGGGCCAGUGGUGACGUUGCUUUACCCCUUAUAUGCAUCAGUGAUAGCCAUAGAGAGCACAUCUAAGAUAGAUGAUGAGCAGUGGCUUGCUUAUUGGAUCAUCUACUCUUUCCUCACUCUCUUGGAGAUGGUAAUCCAACCAGCUCUAGACUGGUUACCAAUUUGGUAUGACGUGAAGCUUGUGUUUGUGGCAUGGUUGGUUCUUCCACAAUUCCAAGGGGCAGCUUUCUUGUAUGAGAAAUAUGUGAGACAGCAGCUCAGGAGGUAUAGAGAUGGGAGAGAUCAUCCUCAAUCCUCCAACAAGUCCCCCACUGGGAAAGGAAAGAACAAGUUUGUGCAUUUCAUGACCCCCAAGAAUCAGGGGGAGCAGGAGGCUUAUUGAGAAGGGCAGAGCAACAAGAGGCUUUUUGGUGUGAAAGAGUGAAGCUUCUUCAACCGUUGGCUUCUUUUUCACCUUUGUGCUUUUACUUUAGUUGUUUUUCACUUUUGACUUUUAACCUGCUCCAAUGUACAAGUUGAUGACUUUCCAGGCUUUUGUGGCCAUUCUUCAUGAUGUCUGGUAUAGAUGAGACACAUGUUAUCAGAAAUCGGUGUUAUAUCACUUUCUGUUCAAA